GUUGCAAGCACUGGAUUCACUGAAUCUCACUUGACAUCCAGUACUACAGGAAACAAAAUCAGCGCCACAUGUACCAAAAAAACUAUAGCAUGGAGUUGUGCCAUUACAAGUCGUCCUCACAUGGCAACUUUGGGUGUUUGA